UUACGCCUUUGCGCAACCAGUUGGUUGGAAACGCUCGUCGGACGCGGACAAAUUUUGUACGGUGUUUUUCGCGGUCGCGAUCAACCUUUCCAUCCAGCUCUCUCUUUCCUCCGCGGCGGAUCUCUUGAACUAAUUUAGGUGAAUUCUUGGCGCUCCUCAUGGUUUUUUUUUGUGUGUGGUUUUGUGGUUGUGCGGGAAGAAACGAUGGAUGAUGGACGUUCAUGGUGAAAUCGUUUGAUGGUUUUAGAUUUUAACGGAUAAUAUAUCAACGAGUUUAAAUUUUGCUCACGAAAGAUUCUAGCAAAAAAGUGACGAACCCUGGCGUAAAAGUGGCGUGGCGAUUGGUGUGACAUAUUUGGAAGCUCGCCAAAAUCAGUGAAAAUUUAUGCAUCAGUACAGGUUCAAAGAAGGAAUCACCAGUUUCUAUUAUUUUACUGGCAAAAAACUCUGAAAGUGGUGAAGAGUUGUAAUCAACAUUCUGUGCCCAAGUUUCCCAAUCUCCAGCUUUUGUUUUUGUCUAGAAAACUGAUAACAGCGAGUUAAACAAAUCGAAACGAAACCUGUUUGUCUAGUUCAGGAAGUGAAAAAGUGUAACGAACGAGAUAUUUUUCCACCCAUCGUUAUCCAUCUGCAUAAUUUGUUGGAUUAUUUCCUGCUGAGUGGAAUAUAUGAACCAUCAGAUCUGAAAACUUUGGUCACAUCUAACACCUCGCAUACCUAAGCCCCUGGAUCGGUACUCGCUCCCAAUGGGAUGAGAUGAUCGUGUGUGAUAGGACUUCAUUACUCACAGUUAACCAAUUCGAACACAGCUAAUUGCUAGCGGAACCAUGACAUCCUCGUAUGAGCGCAUCAAAGCGGAAUGCAAGCAGAAAAAUGUCCUCUGGGAAGACGAAGACUUUCCUGCGACUCAGUCGUCGGUUUUCUACCACCAAACGCCACCGUUCACAUUCCAGUGGAAGCGCCCCCACGAAAUUACCCCGAAUCCGGUCUUCGUCAAUGACUCGACGGCACAGUUCGAUAUCGUUCCCGGGAAGAUGGGCGAUCGAUGGCUUGUCAGCUGUCUCGGCGUUUUGUACCUAUCGAAGGGCCUGUUUUACCGAGUCGUACCGGCCGAUCAAAACUUCGACAAGCCGUACUACGGAAUGUUCCGAUUCCGGUUGUGGUGGUGUGGGGAAUGGUUAGAAGUUCUAGUCGACGAUAGAUUACCAACAAUCAAUGGGAAGUUAGCUUUCCUGCAGGCACAAAAUUCAAAUUCCUUCUGGCCUGGGCUGUUGGAGAAAGCUUACGCGAAAUUGCAUGGAUCCUACGAAGCUUUAAAGUACGGUACGCUUUUGGACGGUUUGGCUGACCUCACUGGAGGCAUCACUGAAUCGGUAUCGAUCAAAUCUGAUAGCAACAUUCUGAUACGACCGCCGUUGCUCCAUUCCUUGUUGGAUACCACUAGUAUUGUAACUUGCACGGUAAAUAAUGGAACCACAACACAGAUCCGAAACCAAACCGAAGCGUUGCCCAAUGGAGUACACAUAGGGAUCAACUAUAGACUCUGUUCGUUAGAUAAGGCUGAAACCGUCAUGGGUGAUACUGUACAGCUGGUGCGAUUGCGGAAUCCCCUCGCCCAAACCUUCAACAAAACCGCCUCUUUCAACGGCGAUUGGUCAUCAUUUUCAAGCUCCUGGGAGCGAGUGGCCAUGAACGAAAGGAAUCGACUCAUAGAGCAGCUCGAUAUCGGAGAAUUCUGGAUGUCUUUCUUCGAUCUGACACAAACCUUCACCCACCUAGAAUGUGUCCAUUUGGAUUCCGACACCGCCCGGGAUGAGCCCCAACUGUCGGACAAAAACCGUCGCUGGUUGAUGCGACUCUAUCAGGGCGCUUGGAAACGUGGCGUUACGGCCGGUGGCUGCCGCAACAAUCCGGACUCGUUCCACAUCAACCCGCAGCUGCAGCUCUUUCUAAGCGAAAAGGAGGAUGUGAUAAUAUCGGUUAACCAGCAUAGUGUGCUGGAACCGAAAGUAAUAGGAUUCACGGUGUACAAUCUUAACAACGUGCAAAACAUCAAUGGUUGUCUCUCGAAAAACUUUUUCAAAAAGCACAAAAGUUUGAUCAACUCCCAGUACACAAACUCGCGCCAGAUAAGUCAUCGUUGCACGUUGGAAGCCGGGCGCUACCUAAUCAUGGCUACAACCUUUGAACCAGCCGAAGAAGCAUCGUUCAGUGUACGUGUACUCGGUACGACCAUCCGGUUGGCCCUCCUGGAAACCCAAACCCUGCUGCUGCUGGAUCCGUUCCCCCUGCUCAACUCUAAUGCAAAAAUAUCGAUGGAUUCGGCCAACAACAAUGUGUCGGCGACGAGUAGCACUGCACAGUAUGAACCAGUAUUUAUGCAGUUGGCAGAUGAUCAGAGGACAUUGAACUGCUUUGACCUGCAAGAAUUACUAGAAGCGUGCCUUCCCAACGACUACAUUCGAAGCUGUGCCAGUCUGGAAGUCUGUCGACAAGUUGUCUGUCUGAUGGAUAAAACCAAUCGAGGGCGGAUCAAUUUCAAUGAUUUCAAUAAGUUUAUGGUCAACCUCAAAACCUGGUGGGGUGUUUUCAAGAUGCACACCAAGGAAAAGUCAGGUAUUUUGAGAGCUGAGAGGUUCCGGGAUGCGCUCUAUGAUGUUGGCUUCCAACUGAGCACCGAUAUUGUGUCGAUUCUGAUACUAAGAUAUAUGAGGCGAGACGGAACGCUCAGACUGUCGGACUUCAUAUCCGCCAUUCUGCACUUGACGAUGGCUUUCGAGCUGUUCAAAGCAAAGGACACAAACCAGGAUGGAAUCAUAAGCAUGGGCAUGACAGAGUUCAUCAAAUCAGUCUUCAUGUGCUGAUAUAGCUCACCACAACCACACGAAAUAGGCUUCUCAAUUAGAUUGUAUCAAUUGCUUGGAGCAUAUUUCACCCUAAACCGUCCUUUUACGUAGUUUAUGCAUUUGCAUAAGAGACAACGUUAAGAAAAAAAAAACAACAAACGAACAAACAAUUCCAAUACCUAUUGUAGAAUUUAAAUGUAAAGAAACACAGUUGUUGAGUUUUGUUUUAAUCAAAUCGAGAUGAACGAUCUAGAUUGUAAUUGUUUUCUACGCGUGCAAACAUUUAGAAACAAAUUUGCUCAUUUAACACUAUCGUGAGUUGCUAUGUAGGCGCAUAAGUUGAUCGAAUAAAAA